AACAUUUGUGGAGAUGGAAAAGCAGCGCUGCCAACGAAAGAGCCCUGCAAUACAAGGCUGGAGACCAUAUCCAGGGGUUCACAGUAAACCAGGUGACAGCUGUACCUGAGUUGUUCUUAACUGCUGUUAAACUCGACCAUGAUCAGACAGGAGCCAAGUAUCUGCACCUGGCACGAGAGGAUUCCAACAAUCUAUUCAGCGUUCAGUUCCGGACCACCCCAAUGGACAGCACGGGCGUCCCCCAUAUCCUGGAGCACACUGUGCUCUGCGGCUCUCAGAAAUACCCCGUCCGAGAUCCCUUCUUCAAAAUGCUGAACAGGUCGCUCUCCACAUUCAUGAAUGCAUUUACAGCUAGUGACUAUACACUCUACCCAUUUUCCACCCAAAACCCCAAGGAUUUCCAGAAUCUUCUCUCCGUAUACUUGGAUGCCGCGUUUUUCCCCUGUUUGCGACAUCUAGAUUUUUGGCAAGAAGGCUGGAGGUUAGAACAUGAGAAUCCAAGAGAUCCUCAGACACCAUUAACCUUCAGAGGAGUCGUUUUUAAUGAAAUGAAGGGAGCCUUUACAGACAAUGAGAGAGUGUUCUCUCAGCACCUUCAGAACAACAUUCUCCCUGAUCACACGUAUGCGGUAGUGUCUGGUGGAGACCCUCUGAAGAUCCCCGACCUUUCCUGGGAGCAGCUCAAACAGUUCCAUGCCUUGCACUACCAUCCCAGCAAUGCAAGGUUCUUCACUUACGGUAACUUUCCACUGGAGCAACACUUGAAACAAAUUCACGACGAAGCGCUGAGCAAAUUCCAGAAAAUCAAACCAAAUACGGGUGUCCCCCCGCAGCAACUCUGGAACAAGCCUAGAGAACGCCACGUAACGUGUGGCGCAGAUUCAUUUGCUACGGACCCUAAGAAGCAGACCAUGGUCAGCGUCAGCUACCUCCUGGCCAACGUUACAGAUAAUUUUGAAACCUUCACACUCAACCUGUUGUCGUCGUUGUUGGUGGGUGGUCCUAAUUCGCCCUUUUAUAAAGCUUUAAUUGAGGCUGGCCUGGGUACAGAUUUUUCACCAGAUGUUGGGUUUAACGGCUCCACAAGAGAGGCUUACUUCAGCGUUGGCCUUCAAGGGAUUGCUGAGGGAAACAUCAGCACUGUGAAGCAAAUCAUUGCUAGAACCAUAGAUGAAGUUAUUGAGGAUGGAUUUGAGGAAGAGAGAAUCGAAGCUCUGCUUCACAAGAUUGAAAUCCAAAUCAAGCAUCAGUCGACUAGCUUCGGGCUUGCCUUAACCUCAUAUAUCGCCUCCUGCUGGAAUCACGAGGGAGACCCUGUCGACCUUCUGAAGAUUGCUGAGAAAACCACCCGGUUCAGAGAGUGCCUCAAGAAGGAUCCUCGCUUCCUUCAGAAAAAAGUAAAACAGUACUUUAAGGAUAACCCUCAUCAACUUACUCUAUCGAUGAGUCCAGAUGCAGCUUUCUGUGACAAGCAGGCCGCUCUGGAAGCAGCCAAACUGAAAGAGAAGGUGGAGGCUCUUUCUGAAGAACAAAAGAAACAAACCUAUGAAAAAGGUUUGGAGCUGAUGGAUCUGCAGAGCAAGCCUCAAGACACAUCCUGCCUUCCAGCCCUAAAAGUUUCGGAUAUUGAACCUAGAAUUCCUUUUACUGAGCUGGAAACAUCGCUUACAGCAGAGGAUGUCCCGGUCCAGUACUGCGCUCAGCCCACGAACGGCAUGGUGUACUUCAGAGCAGUCUCCAGUCUCAACACCCUCCCGGAAGAACUCAGGCCCUACGUGCCGCUUUUUUGCGGCGUCAUAACCAAAAUGGGAUGUGGAGCUCUCAGUUACAGAGAACAGGCCCAAGAGAUUGACUUGAAGACUGGAGGGCUUUCUGUCAGCCCACGUAUCACUGCUGACGACUCCCAUCUGGAUGUAUACGAACAGGCGAUGCUCUUCUCUUCACUGUGCCUUGACAGAAAUCUGCCGGACAUGAUGCACAUAUGGACGGAAAUAUUCAACCACCCCCAUUUUGAAGACGAGGAACAUUUCAAAGUCUUGGUGAAGAUGACGGCUCAAGAGCUGUCGAAUGGGAUCCCCGAUUCUGGGCACCUGUACGCCUCGAUUAGGGCUAGCAGAACCCUGACGCCUGCAGGAGAGUUGCAAGAAAUGUUUGAUGGCAUGGAGCAGGUGAAGCUGAUGAAGCGAAUUGCAGAAAUGUCUGAUAUUAAGCCAGUGCUGCGCAAACUGCCCCGACUCAAGAAAUACCUGUUAAACAGUGACAACAUGCGGUGUUCGGUGAAUGCCACUCCGCAGCAGAUGCCCCAUGCUGCGAAAGCCGUAGAAAAGUUCACAAAGGAUAUCGCAAGGAGUAAAAAGGAACGGAAGCCUGUCCGUCCACAUGUGGUUGAGAAACCUUUGGACCCCAAAGCUACUGCAGGUGGGGCGCUCGCAAGUGCUCAGAUCACAAGGAAACUGAUUACAGAUCCCACUUUCAUUCCAUGUCAGAUGAAGACCCAUUUCCUGCUUCCCUUCCCGGUGAAUUACAUCAGCGAGUGUGUCCGAACUGUUCCCUUCACCACCCCGGACCAUGCAAGCCUUCGCAUCCUUGCCCGUUUAAUGACUGCUAAAUUCCUACAUGUGGAAAUCAGAGAGAAAGGAGGAGCAUAUGGAGGGGGAGCUCAGCUGGCUCACAACGGCAUCUUCAGGUUCUAUUCCUACAGGGAUCCAAACUCCAUUGCAACUCUGGGUGCCUUUGAGAAAGCUGCUGAAUGGGCCAGGAGGGGCAAUUUCACGCAGCAAGACAUCGAUGAAGCCAAGCUGGCUGUCUUUGCGGCUGUAGACGCUCCAAUUGCACCAUCUGACAAAGGGAUGAAUCAGUUCUUGCACGGAAUCUCCGAUGAGAUGAAGCAACAGCACAGGGAGCAUCUUUUUGCCGUUUCGAGGGAUCACCUGAUGGAUGCAGCCAGCAAAUACCUUGCUGCCGGGAGGAGCACAAGAGGACUGGCUAUUCUUGGACCAGAAAACCCUGACACUGCCAAAGACCCUACCUGGAUUAUACGAUAACACCUGCUGUCAAAUCUGUUUAGAUGGGAUAAACCAGUUCAUAUGCCAAAUAGCAAAAUAACUGU